GGGUGAUAGGUGCUGUCGUGUAUGUGCCUUUGUGAGUUCUGGGAUUCACCGAUAUUGGCGCAAUGGCGCAAAUGGAAGAUUCUGAAUUCAUGGAAACCGGGGAGUCAAUGCUGAUGAAGCGCAGCCUCCUAGCUCGGAGCAAGCGGGCCAUUAUCGUCCGCGGCCCGGGCGGCACGAUGGAGUACCGCUGCGUUGAGUGCCCGAUGGGCUUCAAUGAUAAGGCGGAUAUGGAGCAGCACCUCACGGUGCAUAAUCAAGAGUACAGGUUUCUUUGUGGAAUCUGUGGGACUGCACUGAAACGCAAGGAGCACCUUGAUCGCCACACCCUUGAACACAAGCAAGUUCGUCCGCACAUCUGCCCAGACUGUGGCAAGGGCUUCAAGAGGAAGGAACACCUCAACAUACACCGAACCAUACACAGCGGGGAGAAGAAUCAUAUAUGCCCGCUCUGUGACAAAUCAUUCUACAGAAAGGACCACCUGCAAAAACAUAUGCAGACCCACAAUAAAAUGUUCAUUGAGCAGAACAUUUUCCCCGUGAGUGACCAGGAGCUGAUGGGCAUCAAACAAGAGGUCACUGACGAGGACCAAGCGGACGACGAUAUGGCAGAGAUCCCCGACGCAAACUUGAGUAAGCCAGUGGACCCGGAGCGUCCUCACAUCUGCCUCGUCUGCCACAAAGGGUUCAAGCGGAAAGACCACCUGAAGCUGCACAGCGUCAGCCACCUGGCCAGAGACAAGCCUUGCCCACACUGCGGUAAAGCGUUCCGAACUGAAGAUCAGCUUCACAACCACAUGAUCACACACGUGAAGCUCGACUCGCCGGCUCAGAGCGAAGAGGCUUACACCAUGGAAGAGGAAUACACACAGGACGAAGACUCGCUCCUAAUCCCCCGAAUUACCGUUCAAGAAGGCGAGCAGUGCUCUCUAGACGACCGGCCGCACGGUUGCAAGCUCUGCGGGCGGCGGUUCAAGCGCAAGCAACACCUCAAAGUGCACGCCAAUGUGCACGCCCGCAACCAGCCGCCCACUAUAUGGUGCUCCGUGUGCAGCGAAGGUUUUUUCAACAACAGCCAGUUCGAGAGCCACGAGUGUAUGGGCGCGGAUCCUGAAGAGACUCCAACCAACCAGGAGAACAGCUACCCGGCGCAGGACAACGUCGAGAUAAUGAACGUCCCAAUAGUGUCAGAAGAGCCCGACUUGCCCGGGCUGCCGGUCCCGCGGCGCGUGUUCGUGUGCAAGUACUGCAGCAAGCCCUUCAAGCGCAAGGACCACUACCGCAUACAUCUACAUGUCCAUACCGGGGUCAAGUCCUUCUUCUGCGAGGACUGCGGGAAAGGUAACUGUAGUAACUCUGCACCAAACAACCCAUAUACUUGUAAGAACUGCAGCGAACCCUUCAAGCGCAAGGACCACUACCGCAUACAUCUACAUGUCCAUACCGGGGUCAAGUCCUUCUUCUGCGAGGACUGCGGGAAAGGUAACUGUAGUAACUCUGCACCAAACAACCCAUAUACUUGUAAGAACUGCAGCGAACCCUUCAAGCGCAAGCACCACUACCGCAUACAUCUACAUGUCCAUACCGGGGUCAAGUCCUUCUUCUGCGAGGACUGCGGGAAAGGUAACUGUAGUAACUCUGCACCAAACAACCCAUAUACUUGUAAGAACUGCAGCGAACCCUUCAUGCGCAAGGACCACUACCGCGUACAUCUACAUGUUCAUACCGGGGUCAAGUCCUUCUGCGAGGACUGCGGGAAAGGUAACUGUAGUAACUCUGCACCAAACAACCCAUAUACUUGUAAUAACUGCAGCAAGCCGUUCAAGCGCAAGGACCACUACCGCAUACAUCUACAUGUCCAUACCGGGGUCAAGUCCUUCUUCUGCGAGGACUGCGGGAAAGGUAACUGUAGUAACUCUGCACCAAACAACCCAUAUACUUGUAAGAACUGCAGCGAACCCUUCAUGCGCAAGGAUCACUACCGCAUACAUCUACAUGUCCAUACCGGGGUCAAGUCCUUCUUCUGCGAGGACUGCGGAAAAGGUAACUGUAGUAACUCUGCACCAAACAACCCAUAUACUUGUUAG